AUGCCAAGGGCCCCGGAGGCCCCGCCGGUGCAGGUGUGGGUGGGCGGCCAGCUGUUCCAGGCCGACCGGGCGCUGCUGGUGGAGCACUGCGGCUUCUUCCGCGGCCUCUUCCGCUCGGGCAUGCGGGAGACGCGCGCCGCCGAGCUGCGCCUGGGCGCGCUGAGCGCCGGCGGCUUCCGCACCACGCUGCAGGUGCUGCGCGGCGAGCGGCCCGCGCUGGCGGCCGCCGACGAGCUGCUGCAGGCCGUGGAGUGCGCCGCCUUCCUGCAGGCGCCGGCGCUGGCGCGCUUCCUGGAGCACAGCCUCACGUCGGACAACUGCGCGCUGCUGUGCGACGCGGCCGCCGCCUUCGGCCUGCACGACGUGUUCCGCAGCGCCGCGCUCUUCAUCCGCGACGGCGCGCGCGAGCUGGCGGCCGAGCUGGCGCUGCCCGAGGCCCGCGCCUACGUGGCGGCGCUGCGGCCCAGCAGCUACGUGGCGGUGAGCACGCACACGCCGGCGCCCGGCUUCCUGGAGGACGCGUCGCGCACGCUGUGCUACCUGGACGAGGAGGAGGACGCGUGGCGCACGCUGGCCGCGCUGCCCCUGGAGGCGAGCACGCUGCUGGCGGGCGUGGCCACGCUGGGCAACAAGCUGUACAUCGUGGGCGGCGUGCGCGGCGCCAGCAAGGAGGUGGUGGAGCUGGGCUUCUGCUACGACCCCGACGGCGGCACGUGGCGCCGGUUCCCCAGCCCGCACCAGCCGCGCUACGACACGGCGCUGGCGGGCUUCGACGGCCGCCUCUAUGCCAUCGGCGGCGAGUUCCAGAGGACGCCCGUGAGCUCUGUGGAGCGCUACGACCCGGCCGCCGGCCGCUGGAGCUUCGCGGCGGACCUGCCGCAGCCGGCGGCGGGCGUCCCAUGCGCCCAGGCGCGCGGCCGCCUCUUCGUGUGCCUGUGGCGGCCGGCGGACACCACGGCCGUGCUGGAGUACGCCGCGCGGGCCGACGCCUGGCUGCCGGUGGCCGAGCUGCGGCGCCCGCAGAGCUACGGCCACUGCAUGGUGGCCCACCGCGACAGCCUCUACGUGGUGCGCAACGGACCUUCCGACGACUUCCUGCACUGCGCCAUCGACUGCCUCAACCUGGCCACCGGCCAGUGGACGGCGCUGCCCGGCCAGUUCGUUAACAGCAAGGGGGCGCUCUUCACGGCAGUGGUGCGCGGCGACACCGUCUACACGGUCAACCGCAUGUUUACUCUGCUCUAUACCAUUGAGGGGGGCACCUGGAGGCUGCUCAGGGAGAAGGCCGGCUUCCCGCGGCCGGGCUCCUUGCAGACCUGCCUCCUUAGGCUGCCCCCUGGCGCCGCGGGGCCUGCGGCCUCAACGACACCCGAACUGUGACCCCGGCUGCCCUUUAGGAGGGGAUAACCCGGAGUCUUCCAUGAGCCACGGCUGAGUCCGUAAGGCAGGCCCUUCGGAGCUGCUCGGAACUUCUGUCCCCCUGGUGGAGACCUGCAGGUCUUGGGCCUUGUGCUAGGAAGGUGUUGGGACAUGUGAUAGGAACGUAUGUCAAGAAAUUCAGAGAGUAACGAGGACACCGGGGUCUGCACCCUCAAAUUACGUGGGCUCUGCUGAGAGAUGGUGGGUCACAAUGCCGGCGAAUGGGCCGCGGGAGUGGGAUUUCACUAACCCAGGCUUGUGUGUGAGUGGGCCAAUAAUUGAGCAUGGCUAGGAGUGAGAUAAGCGAUGUUAAUCAAACUGCCAGUCAGUUGGCAAGAAUUAGGCACCUAUUGUGUGCCAGGUACAGUGCAAGGCCUAAUGUAAGUGUAGGCGCCAGAGAGGUCCACGAAGCCUAGAGUCUGGCCCAAGACCAGCAAAGGUUGAUACACACUUAGUCUUGAUCCGCUGAGGGCUAAGGGCAACACGCAAAACGAAAAACUCACAGUGGAAUAAAAGUAUGGAAGAAAUCAGGGCAAAGGGAACAUAGGGAAGAGGAAAAAUAUUUAAGUCCAGGAAGGAAGAGAGUUUCCCAAGUGCGUGAAGAAGACAGGUGGGGUAAUUAGCUGCUACAGGAAGGUUCAGAGGGAAGAGGAGGGGGGAAGGCUGGAACAGAUGGGAAGAGGCUCGGUGAGCCCAGCCUUUGAGGCGGAACAGCUGUGGACGGAGGCAUUUGGGGAGCGGGCGAAGCUGGCAGGGCUUGCAGGGACCGUAACAGCUGAACCUGUGAGAGAGAGAGGGCUCCCCACACCCCCUCACAGGAUGCUGGCGGCGGUAAAGAACUCAGUUGCAAGCCCCUCGCCCACUCCCGUUUUUGCCGUCACCCUGUGGGCAGUGGAUUAUUAACUUCCGUGACUUUAGGUCACUUGCGUGGGAGCCCACUCCUGGCCAGGUGUCACUGCCUCCUCUUCCUCAGUGGCGUCCCUCCUCCGCGUUCUGCGGGUUAAUUCCCUCUUCCAAGCCUCUGCUCCUGCCAUUCUAGGGGCCUGGAAUGCUUUUCCUCCCUGCCGCCCCCACUCUGUUGUCUCUGUACCCACCUCCUCUGUGCAGGGUUGGCUCUUGCUGACCUUGGCUGCCUGCAUUGCUCAUUGGACCCCUGACUGGCAUCAUUCUGUGUCUGCGUGAAACCACACAAAUGUGCAUAUAGCAGGGGCCGAGAUCCUGUUGUGCUGUCAACUGACCUGGGUGCUUCCCCACCUAGAGAAUCAAAUCUUGAGGUCCUGAUAGAACCCAGGCUGUAAGGGCUAGACCACUUAGGAACCUGGUGUUGGAUGAGGACCCUCGUCCCUCCUUUAGUGUGUUCCUGGCCUGAUUUCUGGUCACCUGCAUACCCCAGUCCUUCAACUUCUCCAUGACGUGUGUCCCCAAUUGUUUCCAUCCUCCAAGACCUGAGGCCCAUGGGAAGUCCUAGCCUCAUUAGAAGUAUAGUAUGCAGCAUCAGCAUGGAGCAUAGUGUCGGGUGUGCCCCUCGUUGCCUUUUGCCCUGACCUAUGUCCCAAGCCUUGGGGACUGCUGCCCCCAGAAGCCCAGGACCUGGUAGCACUGGAGAAGCCUAAAUCACAGCAAUAAAUCCUGACUUUUGCAUCCUGUGAAUAAUGUGCAUAGUACUUUCACAUCCGUCUUCCCGCUCCAGCCCUCAGUCCUGGGAGUUAGGUACCUUC